GACCGGUGAAAAAGUUGAAACAGAGGAGAUUUGAGAUUGAGAUUAUAACCUAAAACAGGUCCAAUUGCUCUCACCACAUUCCCCAAUUAGCAUUUCCAUUUAAUUAUUCUUCGGAAAGUCUUCAGCUUUUCUCUUCCUUUUUGCGAAAUCUGAGGAGUUCUUUGUGUAUAUCAGUGUCAUGGGUUUGGCAUAGGGGUUUAAGUGGUGGUGCCAGCGUUUAAACUGCGUGUUGCUUUCUCCUUUCACUGGGCCAUGGCUGCUAAACUCGUGUCCUCCUCGGCGUCUGUAUUGGUUCCGUCGUUUCAACCUCAGUUUCGUCCGCCAAGGCGGCAUCAAUCUGCUCAUCUCCAUUGUUACCAUACUCUCCACCGUAAAACUGAUAAAAAUGAUUCUCUUCACCUUUCCUUCAGAAAAGCCUCCCCAAAGAGAGCUUAUUUGCCUCUUGCUACUUCAGAAGAACAGUCCCAAUACACUGACGAUCCAGAAAGUCAACAAACUAGCCCUGAAGAUACACCUCGAGAUGAUAGUUCAUCUAUCCAACACAACGGAAACGGCGGCAAACCUGGUUUCAUUUCGUUUUACAACCCUCGGAACGAAACAGAGGAUCUCCUCGUCCCUCCUGAACCGCAAAGCAAAUGGGGACGCCUUCUCUGGCUCAUUGGUCCUACUGUCUUAGUCUCCUCUUUCACUCUACCUCCCAUUUACCUACGAAGAAUCGUCUCUGCCAUUUUUGAAGACUCUCUGCUCACAGACUUCCUCAUACUGUUCUUCACUGAGGCUCUCUUCUACUGUGGAGUCGCCGCUUUUCUUCUGAUACUACACCGUUCGAAAACAUCACCCGGGGGGAAAGUCCAGGACACUAGAACCAACAACCCUUCUCAGUUAGGACAGAGAAUCUCCUCUGUAGCAACAUUAGUGCUUAGUCUUAUGAUCCCAAUGGUGACAAUGGGCUUUGUAUGGCCAUGGACUGGCCCUGCUGCUUCAGCUACUCUUGCACCCUACCUUGUAGGCAUUGUCGUUCAGUUUGCUUUCGAACAGUACGCUAGAUACAGGAAGUCUCCAUCAUCUCUCACCAUCCCCAUCAUCUUUCAGGUGUAUAGACUUCAUCAGCUGAACAGAGCGGCGCAGUUAGUAACGGCAUUGUUGUUUACGGUGAAAGGAGCAGUGACGACAGCUAAUAAUCUGGAAAUCAAGAAGUCCCUGGGGACGCUUUUGAGUGUGAUACAGGUUUUAGGUGUGAUUUCGUUAUGGUCUAUCUCAAGCUUCCUAAUGUGGUUAUCUUCAUCAUCAUCACCUUCCCAAAACUAGUAGGAACAUUCUUGAAGAAUAAUUGUAAUGUUUUCAGUUUCUAAACUGUAAAAUAACUAGACUUAGUUGUUGUGUUUCAAAAAAAAAAAAAAAAAACUAGACUUAGUUGCAUAAAUGCUUCCGGAGGUAAAGAUUUUUAAAAACUCCCAUAUGUUUUUUUAUUUAUUUAUAGUAAUUGAAUUUUCUUCC